ACACACACACACACACACACACCAGAGCACAAAUAUGUCGGUCGCGGGCACUAGGAGACUAUGCAGAGCGGGCCUAGUGGCCGUGCUGGUUACCGCGUUGUGCGUGUUGACUCUGCUUGAUUCGCCGCCGCAACUCCCGGAUCCACCAGCGGAUCCUCCUCCCACGCCUGCCGACGAGAAGUGGCUCGAGACAAUCGCCGGACAGCUCUUCCUGUACAGUGCCCACUUGGACCUGAGAGUGGCUGGCUACCCGAGCCUCAGGGUGAUUGGCGUUAAACGUGGACCUCUGCCGACCUCUGGCCUUUUCUGCACCGUUUGGUACGAAGAGGAAGAACGAGGCAGAGCCGUCAGCGUGGAAGCGCUGGUGUCGACGAUUUGGCUGGACGAGUGGGGCGAGACAGUGGACAGCUACGCGGGGAUCCUAGUCGGCUGUCAAUUACCACCGGACGCAGCGAUCGAGCCGUCCAGGGUGUACGUAGGCCUGGAGCCCUGCCACCAGGAUGCUAGUCAUAGUUUAACGAUAAAGACAGGGGAGGAUAGAAAUGGGACGGAGGGACGACGCCGUCAGUUCACUCUCUGCAUCAAGGGUUUGGACUUCGACGAGGACAUCUCCGCCAAGAUCGUCGCGUUCGUGGAGCUUCAUCGCAUACUGGGCGCCGAGCACUUCUACUUCUACGUGUUCAACGUUCACGCGAACGUGCUGCGAGUGUUGAGGCUGUACGAGAGAUCGAACGUGAUCAGAUGGUUCAAUCUGACGUUGCCGGGCGAUCUGCCCAACGAGAAGACCGCCAGGAGGCGGCUCCUCGCCGAGGACAUCUGGAUCAAGAGACGCAUGGAGCUGAUACCGUACAAUCAUUGCUUCUACGACAAUCUUCAUCAGUCGGAGUUCGUGCUGCCCAUCGACGUCGACGAGGCGAUCGUCCCGGUCCGCAGGGACAAUUGGCACGAGCUGUUGCUCGACGAGAGGAUCAAGCUCGGAAGGAACUUCAAGGACUUCGCCUCGUACGCCGUCAGAAACGUGUACUUCUUCCCCGAGCUGCAGCAGACAUCAGCCGGAAAUCAAACCGAUCGUCCUAGCUUCCACGACGAUACCCUCGCCGGUCUCGAUUACCUGGACACGAUCAGAACCGCUUGUAUCUCGCCGGAAGGCGACUCCGUCAAGAGCUUCGUCUCGACCAGACGCGCGUUAACCGUGCACAACCACUACGCGUUGACCACGCUCAACCCGUCCACUAGACGGGCCCAUCAUUUCGAUCCGGACGACGUGCUGAAGCAUCAUCACAGAGCCUGCGACGAUAGACACUUGGACUGUGAAGUUAUGAUGGAGGACGUCAGGGUCGACGAGUCCGCGACCAAGUACGCGGAUCAGCUUAAGCGGAGGAUGAGGGUGUUUUUCAACGACCUCAAGGCGUCCGCCUAGCAGACAAAUUUAUGUACAUAAUAAAAUAGGAUUAAUUCAUUCUCCGUGUGUUUCAUUAAUUCUUUAAUACGUUAAACCCUAAUACGUUAGCACAUUUCACAAGACCUACUUCCAUGUUUAAGAGGUUCUCUUCUCAACGGUGUCAACUCGAAAAACAGACAAUCCUUUGCGACAAC